GCCGGCGCGGCGCGCAGGGGAGAGGCGGCCCGAUGGGGCGGCCGGCCGGCAGCCUGGCCCCGCUCCGGCUGCUGCUGCUCCUGGCGCUGGGGCACGCCUGGACCUACCGGGAGGAGCCGCAGGACGGCGACAGGGAGGUUUGCUCCGAGAACAAAAUCGCCACCACCCGCUAUCCCUGCCUGAAACCCACGGGCGAGCUCACCACCUGCUUCAGGAAAAAAUGCUGUAAGGGUUAUAAGUUUGUUCUUGGACAGUGCAUCCCUGAAGACUAUGAUGUCUGUGCUGAAGCUCCCUGUGAACAGCAGUGCACAGAUAACUUCGGGCGAGUCUUGUGCACUUGCUACCCUGGGUACCGCUAUGACCGGGAGAGGCACCGGAACAGGCAGAAGCCGUACUGCCUGGAUAUUGAUGAGUGUGCCACGAGCAAUGGGACACUGUGCUCUCAGAUAUGUGUCAACACUGUGGGCAGCUACAGGUGUGAGUGUCAUGAAGGCUACAUCCGGGAGGAGGACGGCAAGACAUGCACCAAAGGAGAUAAAGCUGGGCUUCCUGAGAAAUCUGAAAAUGUGGCAAAACCAGGGACAUGCUGCGCCUCUUGUAAGGAAUUCCAUCAAAUAAAGCAGACGGUUUUACAGCUGAAGCAAAAGGUUGCUUUGCUACCAAAUAAUGCUGCUGAUCUUAGCAAGCAAAUCACUGGUGAAAAAGUGCUUGCAUCUAAUGCAUACAUCCCUGGCCCCCCAGGCCAGCCUGGCCAACAAGGCCCUCCAGGGGCUCCAGGACCAAAAGGGAGUCAAGGGGUUCCUGGUUCACCUGGACCUCCCGGCCAGCCAGGCCCCCGGGGAUCAAUGGGACCAAUGGGCCCAUCUCCAGAUAUAUCACAUAUUAAGCAGGGGAGACGAGGCCCCGUGGGCCCACCAGGAGCCCCAGGGAGAGAUGGUAGCAAGGGGGAGCGAGGCGCACCAGGACCAAAGGGGAUACCUGGCCCACCAGGUUCGUUUGAUUUCCUGUUGCUGAUGAUGGCAGACAUCAGAAACGACAUCGCUGAGCUGCAAGAGAGAGUGUUUGGACACAGGACUCAUUCAUCAACAGAGGAGUUUCCAUUACCUCAGGAAUUUACAAACUAUCAUGACACAGUAGAUUUUGGAUCUGGAGAAGACUACAAACCACGGGCAGCACCCAGAGACUCCAGGAUACAGAAAGCAGACCACCCUUAGCUACACCUACUGAAAAAUAGAGCCCCUUCAGAGUUCUUCAAUAUAAAAUGCACUGAGAAUGUAAAAAAAAAAAAAAGUAUAUAUAUGUAAAAAUAUCUAUUAUUUCCCAGUUUUCUCUCUGCUUUUCCUCAACCAUGCUGCCUGUACUGUAGCUUUCUUGGUUCGUGGUAGCCUUCUUGCAGUGAUUCCACACCAUCAAGCCUGCACUGUGCAUUAUACCUAGACUAUCAAAAAAACCUUCUUAGUAUAUAAUAUGAUUAAGGCACGCUCUAACUAAUGGCACAGACCACAGCAUUUCAUCUGCCUACCUUGCAUUCUAUGUACAAAUGACCCAGUACCCAAAUGUUGCCACGAUUAGAGGGGUCACUGAACAUCAGCCCUGAAUGAUGUCAACAAUGAAACAACUUGGUCCACAGUUGCUUUAUACAUGUACAUGUAUUAGGUUGCUGAACUCUAGUCUCCAACUACUGUUCCCAGGCUUAGGAGAGUGUGAGACCAGCUGUAAGUGAAAUGUCUUAUUAUGCCCCACCAUGGCAGAAAAAAAGGGGAAAAAUAAAAAGCAGGGACACAAGGGCACUGCUUCUUAAUCUGGAAAUUAUUCAGCUUCCUGUUGCUGGAGUCACUCAAAGAGUCAAAAAGACGUAUUUGUCCUAAACAAACAUGUUUUCCCUUACUGUUCUCCCUCUGCUCAGUGUGAAGGCCAAGGUAAGCAAGAAAAGAGCGGAUGUAUAAAGCAGGAAAUGCAAGCAUAAGUGAAUCGAGUAGGCUUAUUGGCAAGCACAAAAUCAAUCCCAGCCUUGCAGAAAGAGUCAGAUUCUGAACUCCUGUAGGUGCAUGACAUCCUUGGUGAAAUGCUGAAGUCCAAGUGAAAUCAAGACCAGAGAGAGGCAAAGAGGUUCCACCUGUUUUGUUCCUCUGCUACAUGAGAGAGACCUAAAUGGCAUUCACAGAACAGGGGCACUGGCUUACAGUGUAUUUGGCUGGGUGUAUGAAGAGUACAAGUAAGUGCAGGAGUGCACUUGACAGAACAUUUCAAUCAGUACAAGGAUGGCUAAGGUGAGGUACUGCACGUGGGAUUCUGUGUUUGUGAAAGGGGAUAAAAGGGAGUGUCCUUUUCUUACACUGGAAAGUUGGAUGCACAAGUUAGACCAUACCUCAUGGAUUACGUAUGUUACCAUUUAUUUUGGAUUACCACAGCUGCUGAGGACUUUGUUGUGCUUAGAAGAUAAAGGAGUGUAUUAAGCACAAAACUUCAGUGUUUUGUCUGUGUAGCUGCUGCUUCUAUGGUAUGUUUAGUGCUGGGUCAUGUUCACAUUACAAAUGCAAAGAAAAACUUCCUAUUUUGAUGUAUUUUUCAGGGCUUGCAUGUUCUAAUAGAGUAGAUACAGGUAAAAAUAUAAGCAGGCCCUUUUUAGAUAACCUGUAAAGGUUUGGAUUCACUUCCAUAUUCUCUGGGCAAGAUGGUUGGUGUAAUGUCUACGCCACUGGUACAGGUCACUUUGUAUAAACAGCAGGCUGAUUUCACCUUUAGUUUCUUUUGUAUAUGACUUUAAGAGGAUGUGCCCAUUCCUGUAGCUGUUCCCCAGCUCCUCGUUAUCACUAUGCCACAAGCAAGGGCAUUAGCUUCAAGAACAUUAACAUGCUGUAUUCCUCUUCAUGUUACACAUACAUCAGUAUUUACAACACAAUGACUAAGUCAUGGGGAUAGCUUAGGAAAAAAUGAUAGUGCUCUCACCUGGUGGUCUUCGGGCUUUUACUCUGGGAGAAGCUCUGCUAGUAGCUGCAGGUCCAAGUAGUUUUGUGAAACAGGUAACAAGAGAGUUAGAAAGACUUGGGGAAGGAUCUUGUGUCCAAAAGGGGGAUAGUCUUAGCAGGCUGAAAGAAACCUCUAAGACAGCAUUUAUGAGGCAUUUAUGUCUUAUUUUCUUAACUUCAAGUAGGCAAUUAGGUAUAAAUAACAUUCAUGAAUACGUGAUUUUGAGUAAAUUGUUAAAUGACAAAUGUUGUAUUUGUAACCCUUGUAAAUCAAGUAACUCUUGCAUAUGUUUACCACCACACCCCAUCACCUGCUGGAUCAGGUUGAUUCCCACUAUAGAAUUAGUAGCUGCAGGGUUUUUUGACCAUCAGAUAUUGAAUAAUGAGUUGGAUGAGUUACUUCCUACACACCAAUUAAAUUCUAUGGCCUCCUGCCCACAGGAAGAUGUGUUCUGAAACAGGCACUUGUUUUAAUUCUAAGCUCUGGUUUUGCAAAUAUAGGCAAAUGGCAAAUUAGAAGUUCCUACAGUUUGACCAUCAAAUUCAGGGGUAGGUGACAAUUGCCCUGCUGUACCAAAGUAUCCCAGGGAAGGGAAAUCCUGGGACGGGACCAGAAAAGUAGAUAAAAUACACACUUCACCAUAAAUACAGAGCACUCCCACAGACAUAAAGCAUGGCACGUGUUUACAUGCCUUUCUGAGUGGAAACCUCAGUCACUUCCCUUUCUGGAGCCUGCAUCAGUGGUUCUCACAGGCUCGAGCUGGGUUUCCAAAAGACCUGCUUACUCCGUAAGAUGAAAAGGUGAAGGAAAGUGCUCCUUGGGUUUGUCUGUGUGCUUCACCCUCCUCUUUCUAGACUCUCUGCCCCAAAACUGUUGGCCUAGUCCUAGUAGCAAGGAGGAGAUGCUAUGGUAAUGACACACCACGACACAAGGAGCUCCUUCAGCAGGGAGGGCCCCUCUUAGCACAGCUGGCUGGGAAAGUUCAGUCUUCUGCCUGUGUCCAGCUGACAUCUCUGCAUAGACCCUUCUCAUCUUAUUUCUGAUUAAUUCUGUAAUAAUGUUUGUAAUGUGUUGUAUCAGAAACGUGUUUCACUAAGGUUUGAGACAGGUACAGACACCCGGAAAGAAAAGUGACAUUUUCUUCAGCAUACCCAAAGUUUUAUAAAGCCAGGGCAGAGGAAACCUUUCCAACCUUGAGCUUUGCUAUGGGCAGGGAGGGAAGUGGUCACCUUGUAAAUUAUUUGUUACUCUGUGUCUCCAAAAAUAACAAACGCACCCAAAACCCCAAAAUAAGAAUGUAGAAACAUCCACACUCAGGCCUAGUUCCCUUACUAGGCUCGUGCACAUGACAACUUUGUUUCAUAUAGAUACUGUGUAUAAUUUUAUUAAAGAAAUACUAUGUUGAUGUUAAGACAUUGAGUAAUAAGCAGAAGGAUAAUAAAGAGCUUUGUUAUUUUAUUAUUAUUUAGAAAUAUAUUUAAUGGGAACAUUUGCAAGAGUGUGUAGUGAUGGCAAAAUGCUGAUUGUUAAUGGGUUUAGCAAAACAGUAAAGCUUGGAAAAUGUUUUCUUUCAACACUGUGCCAAGAACACACAGGAUUAGUCUUUCUGGCAAAGCUGGAAUACUGACACAGAAGAAUUCUUAUAUAAACAGGCAAAGUCAGAAAAAGGAGAGGAAAAAUGAUUGUAAAUGGAAUAAAGGUAAUGGCUGGAGUUCUUGUUGGCAUCACAGCUUGAGUAGCCUCCUUCCUGGAAGUAUUUCAGAGUUAACACGCUAAGCCCCAGAGCAGCAACAAAAGAUGGGGGUGGGGCCCGAGAAUUUGUUAAUUUUGCAUUAAAAUCCACACGUUUGUUCCUAACACACAUUCCAAUAACUAUGCUGUCCACUUUAUUUAUAUAAAGUAUAUGGAAUACUAAAAUGUGUAUAAAAUGACUGUGAUUUUAUGAUGUAUUCAUAA